CGCAGCAUCGUGAGCAAGUCGCAGAAAAAGGCUGAAAUUGGUAGCAUAAGACACUCAAUCCAGCCGUGGUAGAUCCCUUAAAUACCGGUGGAUACGAUCAAAGUUGUAAGAGUAUUGAAAAAGUUGUCUAAUUUACCAUAUUUCUAUCCCAAAACAACAAAAGUAUGUUUUCUCUCCAAAGCACCUCCACAAAUGACAGUCUCACAAAGUGAAAGAAAAAGUAUAAUUUUCCCACAUUUUCAAUGAUUAUCCGGCCAAAUUGCCGGCUGUAGGCCAAAGUUGAGUGGGCGAUGUUUAAUGAAAAUGUAAUAUUGUGGUGAGAAAAUGAGUUGGAAAGUAGGUGAUAAAAAUUGUGACAUUCGCGAUUUUCAGUUGAUUCUCUGAGUUUUACAUGAAAAAGUCCAAUUAGUUUUUGUAGUUAUCGCCUCAAUAGAUGUGAUAUGCAGUGAAUCACCAUGGACAGCGAUGAGGAGUCUGCCCCUGGUUCGCCAACAUCGAAUAGUCCGUCAUCGCCGCGCGAGAACGCCUCAAAUUCUGACGGCAGCGAUUCAUCCGAUUCGGAGUCCAACGCUUCGGCUCCGGAGGAGAAUCUCAAGACGCCCAACAGUCCGGACGCUGUCUCUCGAGAUCAGUCCUCCUCGGACAGCUCUUCGUCCAAUGAUUCCUUCAGGGCCACCUCUCCGGCGGCCGCAGCGUCGCGGGAAGCGUCGCAGGAUGUCUCUCAAGAUGGUCCGGAACCGCAACAGCAAGACUCUCCGCAGGAGGCGCCGACGGAGGAGCUCAGUGACAGUGUGAAAGAGGCGGAGGAGGAGAAGGAGAUGCCUGUGGAGGAGAAGAAGGGCUUCGAUUUGGCGCAUGAGGAUCUGAGCGAUGUAAGCGACGUGGACAGUGAGUCAUCCCUGAGUGGGAACAACCUGCCGCAGUGGGAAGAGUCUCCGCCACGGCGAAAGGAUGGCGAGAGUGACGGUGUGAAGGUGACAGAUUUGAGAGAGAAGCUAAAUGCGCGGAAGAAGGGUGAUGAGGAGUUCGUGGCGACGAAUGGGACAAAGUACGGCGAGGAGAAGAAGAAUGACGAGGACGCUCUGGAUUUCGAGGCGGAGGACGGAGAGUGUCCGGACGAGAGCAAGGAGGUGGCGCCGAAGAAGGAGGAGGAGAGCGAGGCGAAGGCGAAGGAGGCAGAUGAGGAGUUGGAGGAGGGCGAAGUGACAGAUGACGACGAGAGGAGACCGGAGGAGACGGAGCCGAAGCCCGUGUGUCGCUUCUACGCCCGCGGGCAGUGCACGUGGGGCGUGAGCUGCAGGUUUCUGCAUCCCGGCGUCACGGACAAGGGCAACUACACCAUGUUCGAUAUGGUCCGGCCCAUUGCGGGCGGCCAGACGGGCAUGGGCGGCGGCUAUGACUACCGCGAGCGCCCCAAGGCGCACAUUCCAUCGUCCCAUCACGCGCCGGUGAUCGGGAUGGGCCUGCCGGCGAUGCUGCCGCGCCCCUCGCCACUGGCGGAAACGCCGGGCGGUGGCGAGAGUCCAUGGGAGCGUGGCCUGAGGACGGCCAAGGAGAUGCUGAGGAAAGCUAAUAAGCGUAAGGAGCAGGAUCUCGACUUCGAAGACAAGAAGAUGAACUUGUCCACGGGUCAGGAGGACAUCGAUCGCGAUUACUACAGCGUUGACAAGGCGGGUUCGCCGGAUGUGUCGCCGCCGGCGCCCUUCGCUAGGGCGGAACGCUACAGUCCGCCGCCCAAGUUUCCGCAGCGCAAGCACUACAUGGAGGAGGACGCGUUCGGGCGGACGCAGCGAUAUCGAGAGCUGCCGCCGCACAGGAUGCCGCAGUACGAGGAUGAGAGGCGCGUGAGACCCGUGCGCGAGGUGAUUGUGCAGCGCUCAGAGCCGGCGCGCGACGACGAGUGGAGCGAUCCGUGGAUGAGGUCCAAGUCGCCGAGCCGGGGCGGCGGCGAGAAGGUGCGCGGCGAGCGCGAGAGGGAGAACAGGAGUUGGAGCAGCAAGAGCUACAGCAGCUCGUCGUCGUCGCAGUCGGACAGCAGCUCGGAGAGCAGCCGAUCCAAGUCGCCGCCAGUGUACAAGAAGCGGGAGAAGAAGGCCCGAUCCGGACGCACGAGCAAGGGCAGGGAGUCGCAGAAGAGAUACUCUCAGAGUGCAGAAAAGCGCUACCCUUACGGCCGACAGACCGACGGACGCGCUCAUUCGCCCGUGGUGGCGUCCAAUAAGCGCGCUCUGGAGCGCAUCAAUGCUUCGCAGCAUCCGCUGAAGCGCCGAAAGUCGUCCCCAUCGGCGAAGGAGGCGCGAAAGUUUGACAGGAAAGCUUCACGACGCUCGCGAUCCUCAUCGAGCGGAUCGUCGGAUUCCUCGGGAUCGGACAGUGAGUCGUCGGCCUCCAGUUCCACAGAUGACAGCUCGCGUUCGGCGCGCAAGAAGGCAGCCGGCGGACAUCCCACAGCGAUUCGCCACAAGACUACGACAGAGCGUCCAGCGAAACAAGCUGAGCCCAAGGAGCCGGCGUCGACACCCAUUGCGGCUACCAAGAAGACAACUCGUCGCGAGGAGUUGCUGAAGCAACUUAAGGCCGUCGAGGACGCAAUUGCUAGAAAGCGUUCCAAGAUUUCAUCGUAAAUCCAGCAAAGAUUAGCCGAGAGAGAGAGAUUGUAUUACAAAUGACUUUUACUCUCGAGUUCACUCCACACAUUUUCCCGUUUUUCGUUUUGCAAUCCCUUUUCCUCCCGUGGUUUGCCUGGACGUGAGAAUUUUUUUUAUAGUAAUGGCGCAAGUGAAAAUUAGAGAUGAAAACAAUUAAUUAUAAGGCAAAGUAUAAAAUUAUUUUAAGAUAAUUUAGAGAGACACAGAAUAUAAGAA